AUGGUAAAAGCAACUAAUCCUGGAUCUGUUGCAAAUUACUCUUUUGGAAGUGAGGACAAAUGUUUUGAGUCCAUGAUGAUUGCAUUUGCAGCACCAAUUCAAGGAUGGAAGGAUGGUGGUAGACCAUUCGUUGGUUUUGAUGCCUGCCACUUGAAUAGAAAAUAUGGUGGAUGUCUAAUGGCAGCUACAGGUUUAAAUGGACAGAAUGGGAUUGUUAAUCUAGCCAUAAAGGUGGUGAGGAAUGAAUGUGGUGAAAACUGGCACUUAUUUAUGAAAGAGCUGAAGCCACUUAAUGAAGACCAUCCAGCUGGGAAGAUAACCUUUAUCUCAGACAGGCAAAAAGGUCUCCAAGAGUCAUUGGAUGAGGUUUUCAAAGAACACUUUAAAAGAUACUGCCUUCGUCAUAUGUUCAAGAACUUUAAGACUCACUUCAAAGGAUCAAAGUUGCAAUACCUUGUAUACAAUACUGCAAAAUGCUACAAGAAGAGACUUUGGAAGGCCAAUAUGGAUGAUCUGAUCAAGUUGUCACCAGCUGCUGCAGCUUACAUGAUGAAGAAAAAACCAGAACAAUGGUCUAGGGAUUUCUUUGACCCAUCUGCAUGUUGUGAGGACCUUAACAACAAUUUCUCAGAGUCCUUUAACAACUUGGCUAAACCCAUGAGAGACAAGCCUAUUUGUACCCUUGGAAUGAUGUAUGGCCAGCUAGUUAUGGGUACUAUGUAUAAAAGAAGAAAUGUGAGUGCAAAUUGGGAAGAUGGUAAGUUGGUGCCAACUGCUCAAGACUUGAUUGAUGAGAUGAAGAAAUGUUUUGGAGCAUUCAGGGUUAAUGGAGCUAUUAUUGAUGAGUUAUAUGAAGUGACUUCAAAGACCAAUGCUAUAUUUCAAGUUGAUGUGGUUGAGAAGACUUGUUCCUGUUUUCAAUGGCAACUUAGAGGCUUUGUAUGUCAACAUGCAGCGUGUGUGCUCAUGGACAUGAGAAUCAAUCGGGCAGAUUAUUGCAGCAAGUACUAUCAUAUGGAAUCUUACAAGGAAAUUUAUGCACCUGAGAUGGGGUUAUUUAUUGGAAAAGAAGAGUGGCUUGAGCCAUUGGUAGAAAUCAACCCAUCCAUAGAUAUGAGGAAACCAGGGAGGCCUUGCAAGAAAAGGAAGAAAACACAUGAUGAACCUCACAGUGAGAAGGUGGUCAGAACUUGUAAGAGAUGCAAGAUGCCUGGUCACAACAGGAGGACAUGUGCUGGUGCACCAGUUGGAUCCAAUCAAAAAACAAAAAGACAGAGAACCAUGAUGGAAGGAGGAAGUCACAAGACUACUUACCCAGAUCCUGCAGAGCUUAAUACCAGUAGAAGGGCAAGUAAGAGGGGAAGAGCAAAAGGAUCUGCAUCAUCUUCUCAGCCUACCACUGCAUCAUCUUCUCAGCCUAGCACUAGAUCAUCUUCUCAGCCAACAACUACAUCAUCUUCUCAGCCUACCACUGUAUUUUAUGGAUCUAGAGGUGGAAGGGGUUCAAGAGGUGGGAGAGGAUCUAGGGGAGGUAGGUCUGGUGGUAGAUCUGUACAACAGACAUUGAACCAGACCAUUAGUGGUGUUGUUGGGUUGUCUCAGACUCUUUCUCAAAUAUUCACAGUCCCUAAACCAAAGACAAAGAAGGUCACCUUCUCUGCUACUCAAUGA